UUACUGUCAUUUUUUGUGUAGUUAUCAUUUAGACUAACAAAAUUAGAAGUACAAAAACCAAGCCCUUCAAAAUGCCUAAAUCAGUUUUUAUUAAAAUUGUGAACAAGGAAAAGAUGUUUAAUAUAUAUUAUAUGUAAUUUAAGGACAAGAACGCGUCAUGCCGAUCCAAACAUUUAAUCCUCAAAGGUUUCGCCGACAGAAAACAAAGAACCAUUGAGCUUCUAUCCCAAAACAGAGCCACCGAAACCCAAAACAAGUUAAGAGCCGCCAAAGUGCGGAAAAGUGUGGAAAACUGAACUGGCUUUUCUGCUGGCUGCGGCAGAGGAAACGUUAUUUCCAGGAAAUGCACUUAGCUCUUUCACUGCGUCGCGUUUGUUUUUUUCGUUACCCUGCGUGCUGAGUGAAAAUUUGAGGACCCAAUCGGCAGGAACUUUCUUUUGAUCAAGUGAGAAAUUGGUGUGCGAAAAACGCCAGUUGGAAAAGCGCACUCACUCGGAAAAAUAGCAUUUGCGAGGCGGGAUGUGAGAACGAAAGCGAAACAAUUCCGAUCCCAAGAUGCCAAAGCCCAGAUGCCAGGGAGGCCAGAGAAGCCCAUGGAGCUAAUUAAGCCGCCUCGCAUGAGUGCUGUGUGGUUUUCCACGGGGCCAGAGGUUGGGGGUGGCUCUGCAUCAAGGGAAAGCACUAACUGCAACAUCAACAUCAACAUCAACAGCAACAUUAGCAACAAGAGCAACAAAGAUGAGAAAUCGCUGGCUUCCUGGCUUCAUGAAGAAAUAAGUCUAGAGUGCCAGUUGGGGAAAAACUUGUUCAUCUUUGGCUCUAACGAGCUAACGGAGCGACAAGCGGACCAACCGAACUGAUGGGCGGACUGGCGGACAGGCAGCGGACGGACGGACGACUGUGAGCGAUUCCCCUCAAAACAAGACGAUAGGUAAACAAGGCAGCAGCAACAACAAGAGCAGCGGCACAAGUAGCAAAUGGCAAGUGCAAGUGUAGCAGCAACGGACUUUUGUGCUUCCUGAAGAUGGCCGCGUGAUCACGAGAUCGAAGGUCUGAGCUGAAAGUCAUUAAAGUCGAAAUAAUAUUAGAAACAAAUUUAAAAUACGUAAAGAAAUGGGAAAUAUAAUUUUGUAGUCGCAUUUUAGAUUAUUGAUUUGGUACAACGAAAUACAUCAUUCUUGAUAA